CACCUGCGGGGCGCAAGCUGAGUGAGAGGAGUUCUUCAGGCUUGUGGAAAUCCUCUUCCCUCUACCAAAUCUGAGUGCUUUUGAGAGUGUCAGCAGCGUUUGUUUGCUAAGAAACAGUCCCAGCUCUUUCAGCCACUCUGGUGGGGCUGGCCCAGUUCCAACCAGCUCUUACUAAGGCAUGAGUUCUGGGGUGACUGGUUUCAGCCUCUUAUCGCCAAGGAGACAGAAACCCACGGAGACAGCAGCAACAAACAGUCAGGGGAAAGAAAACACCCGGGGCUCCAUGGCUCUGGAUGAGAGAGAGGCAGGGAUGGCCAACUCCACAAGUGAUCCAGAGACGGGCAAAGACACGGAAGAUCUGACAAAAGGCCUGGAGGAACUCCGUGAGAGCCCCGAAGAGGAGAAGAGUGAGAAGGCUCUGCUGCAUUCACGCCUAGAACAGCAGCAUCACCUUAUCUGUACGCUGAAGAAAAAAGCAGACGAUGCACACAAACGCUGCAGAGGCCUGGAGCAGCUCAACAUGGAGCUGGAGAAACUGAGGACAGAGGAUGCUGUGAAAAUGAAAACCCAGACCCAACGGAUUCAGCACUUGGAGGGGCGCAUCAUGGAUCUGGCCAAGAACCAUGAAAAAAUGCUGCAGUUCAGGGAUGAACACAGGAAACGGCAUAUGCAGCUGCAGGAGGAGAAUAAGUGCCUGCGGCAGAACGAAGUGCUUUUCAGCCAGACUGUGAAGGAGAAGGAAGCUGAAGUCCUCCAGCUCACUGCCCAGGCCAGAAAGCUCUCGCAGCAGUUAGACUCCUUACAGGAGGAAUGUGCUUAUGAGAGUCGCAGAGCCCAGGAGCAAGAAAAGGAGCUGCUAGAAGCUCAGAGCCAGCAAGCAAGUGCCCACGCCUGGGAAGUCGAUGCACUAAAAAACCAGCUGCAACGCCUACAGGAGGAGCACCAACAAACCGUGGCACAGGUAGAGCACACAGAAAGUCAGCAGAGGGCUCAGGGCAUCGAGCUGCAGGCCAAGCUGGAGAGGGUGAAGGAGGAGAAAGAGCGACUACUGAACCUGGCCGCGGAGAGGGGCAAAGCUCUGCAAGAUAAGCAACAACGGGAAAUUGAGCAGCUGGGGAAGAAGCUGGAGGCUGCAGAAAAAGCCAGGCAGAGAGCAGGGAAGCGCCUCAUGGAGGAGGCAGCAGCAGUGGACAAUGAUCUGAAGGUCCAAGAGCUCCAACGACAGCUCGAAAGCAGCAAGCAGGCAUACAGCGAACUCUCGCUGCAGUUUGGCGUUUACAGAAAGCACGCUAUGGAUUUGCUGACUAAAGAAAAAGCGCUGAACGUCAAACUCCGUCAUUUUAUUGCGUAACUGCAGCUUUCUCCUCUGUUCUCGUCUCAGCAGGUGCUUCUACUGUAACACACCACUGCAUUUUGUUCCUUUCCAUGAGACCAUCUUCUGAUUUCUCUGUAAUGUACUUACCAUCUUAAAGACUCCUACAAGUAUUGUUCUGUAGCCUUUUUUUUUUGUUACACUUUUACAUAAGUAAAAGAGCUCUAGACUGUUAAAUCUGAACAGGGAUUGUUGAACUCAUCGAACCUGUGACAUGAAAGAUGAGGGUGGGAAACGUAAAAUAUGAAUUUGAUUUACUUGGUCCUAACCUCUGCUGUAUCAUAGAUUUUCAUUUUUUACAGUUAAAAGCACAUUAUUUUCCAAGACGGACCAAAGAUCCAAACCUUAGCCUUUUGUGUUUGAUUCUCCCUUGAAGUUCAACAGAGGUUGGGCAUGCAAGAGGUAACACCGAGUCUCCAGGACAGAAAUCCCCCCCAUGCAAUGGCUACAUCCUGAACAGUCAUGAUUCAGGAACUUAA